CUUGUAUGGGUCAGAAGGACCCUACUGUGAGGGCCCAAAUACUAACGGCCUACUAGGCACCACUAGCGGGACGGCAGGACGAAUGAUUUGGCGGGAACAUCGAUAAUAUGCCGCCGUUUUCCUUCCCCGAACCCUCCACCUUCGCCGGCCCGUCAGCCACGACCGCCACCAUUCAAUCCUUCCACUUCCAUCCCUACUCCGUCUCCUCUACCGUCCACCCAUUCCGGCGGAGCUCCCCGCCAGAAUGGAGGCGGCGCUGAAGGGCUAUUUCGGGUACUCAACGUUCCGGCCGUACCAGAGGGAGAUCAUACAGAAGGUCCUGGAUGGGCGGGAUUGCCUCGUCGUCAUGGCCACCGGAAGCGGCAAGUCCAUCUGCUAUCAGAUUCCCCCACUGGUUACGAAGAAAACAGCUGUCGUUGUAAGCCCUCUUCUGUCCCUGAUGCAAGACCAGGUUAUGAGUUUAAAACAAAAAGGUGUGAAAUCUGAGUACCUUGGCAGCACCCAAACGAAUAGCUCCGUCAGUAAUGAGGCAGAAAAAGGCACGUUUGAUGUGCUUUACAUGACACCGGAGAAAGCCAUUUCACUUCCUUCAAGAUUUUGGAGUAACUUGCAGGCUUCUGGAAUCUGCUUGUUAGCUGUUGACGAAGCUCAUUGCAUAUCAGAAUGGGGCCAUGAUUUCAGGACAGAGUACAAGCAGCUGCAUUCAUUGCGCAACCUUCUUGUGGGUGUUCCCUUUGUUGCUUUAACUGCUACAGCCACAGAAAGGGUACGCCAAGAUAUUUCUACUUCCUUGGUUCUUUGCAGUCCUCACGUGGUGGUUGGUUCAUUUGAUCGUCAUAACCUUUUCUAUGGUGUGAAAACAUGCAACCGAUCUAUGUCCUUUAUAAGUGAACUUGUGAAAGAUGUUUCAAAGAGGAGUGAUGUGGGUGAGUCAACAAUAAUAUAUUGUACGACCAUCCGGGACACAGAACAGGUUCAUGAGGCUUUAGUUACUUCUGGAAUCAAGACUGGAAUCUAUCAUGGUCAAAUGGGCAGCAGAGCUAGAGAGGAAUCCCAUAGAUCCUUCAUUAGGGAUGAAGUUCUUGUAAUGGUGGCAACUAUAGCUUUUGGGAUGGGUAUUGAUAAGCCUGAUGUUAGAUGUGUAAUACACUAUGGAUGUCCAAAGAGCCUAGAGUCUUACUACCAGGAAAGUGGGCGUUGUGGAAGAGAUGGACUGCCUUCAAUCUGCUGGCUAUAUUACCAAAGAAGUGAUAUUACAAAAGCUGAUUUCUAUUGUUCUGAGGCAAAAAAUGAAACCCAGAGGAAAGCAAUCAUGGAUUCCUUCAUGGCAGCACAAAAAUAUUGCUUGCUUGCUACAUGCCGUAGGAGGUUCUUAUUGCAAUAUUUUGGUGAAGAAUGGAACAUUGACUGUGGUAAUUGUGAUAAUUGCACAGCAGUGAAAAAUGAGAGGGAUUUGUCAAAAGAAGUCUUUUUGUUGCUGUCCUGCAUCAAAUCUUGUGGAGGACGCUGGGGCCUCAAUUUACCUAUUGAUGUUCUCCGUGGCUCACGAGCCAAGAAGAUUGUUGACAACAAUUAUGAUAAACUACAAAUGCAUGGGCGUGGUAAAGAUUAUUCGUCAAACUGGUGGAAAGCACUUGGUGGUCUUCUUAUAGCACAUGACAAUUCUAUUGCUGUCUUUUCCCUGGCAAAAGAAGAAAGUAUUACAGAAAGAUUUCAUUUGAAUGCAAGCAAAGAUUAUUUGAAGGAGACUGUUCGUGAUACAUUUAGAUUUGUCAGUGUCAGUCCAAAAGGGGUCAAGUUUCUCUCUACUGCUGAUAAAAUAGAUGGAGCACCACUGGUAUUUCAGCUGACUGCAGAGAUGAUUGAACUAGAGGAGCACGGUAGUUCACAUCAUAAAGAAGGUGGUUUGAAUCUUGUGCCAACAUUAGAAUCUGAAAAAUUUUCUGAGGAUGAAUCAAAACUCUAUCAAAGGCUCCUGAAUGUUAGGAUGAAGAUUGCUCAAGAUAUUGGCACUGCUCCGUAUGCUGUAUGUGGCGAUCAGACAAUAAGAAACUUUGCAAAGAUGAGACCUUCUACUGGAGCUAGACUUGCUAAUAUCGAUGGUGUCAACCAGCAUUUUAUUUCACGUUUCAGUAACAUUUUCAUCCAAAAUAUUGCGGAAUUGUCGAAGGAGUUAAACCUCCCGUUGGAUAAUUCACCAUUUCCACCACCACCACCAACAAAUCCAGCUGCAGAAAAUAUUGCUGGUAUACCAAAACCUGUACAAAACAAUCUUCCUGGGAUCUUGGGUGAUGCAAAGCUGACUGCAUGGGAAUUGUGGCAUAAGCAGGAGUACUCAUUCCUGAAAAUUGCUUAUUUCCGCAGAGCAGUGCCAAUAAAAGAGCAAACAGUUAUUGCGUACAUUCUUGAUGCUGCUCGAGAAGGAUGUGAGAUGGACUGGAGUAGGUUUUGCAGGGAAGUAGGGCUGACACCUGAUAUAGCCACCGCAAUUCGUCUUGCAAUCUCAAAGGUUGGAUCACGUGAGAAAAUGAAGCCAAUCAAAGAGGAGCUCCCAGAGAAUGUAACUUAUGACAUGAUCAAGACAUUCCUGACUAUUGAGGGGUGUGGAUUGUCAGAGCAAGUCUUUGGUAACGGUACCGCUGACGGUGUCUCUAGUAGAAUAGCAGAGUCACCAAUAUCUUCCUGCCAUGCAAGUGAAGCAGGCGGAAAUGGUGUCCCAGCAGCGGCAGAGGCCAGUGAUGCAAACCCUUCAGCAAAGAGAGGUCAAACUGUUUGUGCUGAGGAGCCAGCAACAAAACUGCAAAGGACAUACGAGCAUGGAGCUGAGUUAACUGGCACGGCGACUGCUACUGUAGAUUCUGUGCUAGAUCUGGUUGCGAGCUGCAAUGGGGUAUCGCUGGAGGAUGUUGCCAAGCACUUCAAGGGAUCCAAGAGAGAAUCGGUCCUGGAGAUAUUGGAGGGCCUUGAAUCUGAAUUCACAAUUUACAAGAAAAACGGGAACUACAUGGUCCUGUGACAAACUUGCCCGCGUAGUCUGGGAAGGGGAUAUGCCUCAGCUGUGUGUGUAUAUAUAUAUAUCUAUACGAUGGUGGGUGACUUACUGACUUUGGACUAUGGUAGCAAGGUUGUUGGCUGGUGUGCAUGUGCUCAUUUUGGGGAUUGGGCAGAACUAGCAGAUGUACGAACGUGUGUGUUUGGAGCUGGGAUCCUUUCUGUCAUCUCGCAUAUGAGUAUCUUGGACUAAUUGACCCCGCGUAUUUUCGUUGGGUUUUGAUGCGUUCA